AUGGCGGAGGGGCCCCGGGGCGCUCCGCCGCCGGGCUCGCCCCGCCCCGCCGCGCCGCUGCCCAACGGGCCCCGCGGCGGCGGCGGCGGCGGCGCCGGCAGCCCCGGCUCGGGCUCGGGCAGCAGCAGCCGCGAGGACUCGGCGGAGCGGAGCCCCGCGCCCGCCGCGCCCCGGGCCAGCAUCAUGAAGGAUGGCUCUCGGCAGCGGCCCCCGCACAAGAAGAAGACAGUGUCCUUCAGCUCCAUGCCCAAUGACCGCAAGAUCAACAGCACAGCUGCCUGCAUCUCCCUGAUGCUGGAGGGCUGCGAGCUGAAGAAGGUGCGCUCCAACUCCCGCAUGUACAGCCGCUUCUUCGUGCUGGACGCCGACAUGCGCUCCGUGCGCUGGGAGCCCUCCAAGAAGGACUCAGAAAAAGCCAAGAUUGAGAUCAAAUCGGUCAAAGAGGUGAGGGUGGGCAAGAAGACGCCAGUCCUGCGCAGCAAUGGGCUCUCUGACCAGUUCCCCGAUGAAUGCGCCUUCUCCAUCAUCUACGGGGACAACUACGAGUCCCUGGACCUGGUGGCUAGCUCGGCAGAUGUGGUGAGUGCCUGGGUGAUGGGGCUGCGCUAUCUGGUGUCCUAUGGGAAGCACAGCCCUGAGGCGCCCGGGACUGGCCACCCCAGCCUCCGGACAUCCUGGAUCUCCUCUGUCUUCGACCUGGCUGACCUGGAGAAGUCUGGCCGCAUCCCCGUGUCCCGGGCUGUGCAGCUGAUCAAAGCACUCAACCCUGGCAUGAAGACCUCCACCAUCGAGCUCAAGUUCAAGGAGCUGCAGAAGGCCAGCGAGCGUCCUGGCACGGAGGUGGCCUGCGACCUCUUUGUGGAGGCAUACUGCGAGCUGUGCACCCGCCCUGAGAUCUUCUUCCUGCUGGUCCAGUUCUCCAGCAACAAGGAAUACCUGGGUGUGAAGGACCUGCUGAUGUUCCUGGAGGUGGAGCAGGGCAUGGAGGGGGUGACAGAGGAGAAGUGCUUGGAGAUCGUCAGCAAGUAUGAGCCCUCCAAGGAGGGCCGGGAGAAGGGCUACCUGGCCAUCGAUGGCUUCACACGUUACCUGCUCUCUGCUGACUGCUCCAUCUUUGACCCCCAGCACCGCAAGGUCUGCCAGGACAUGGCACAGCCCCUCUCCCACUACUACAUUAGCUCUGCCCACAGCGCCUGCCUGCUGGAGGACAACUUCUGGGGCCGCACAGACAUCAGCGGCUACAUCAGUGCCCUGGGCCUGGGCUGCCGCAGCAUCGAGCUGGUGCUGUGGGAUGGCCCCGAGGGUGAGCCCGUGGUCUACACCAGCCCCUCGGCUGCCUCCUGCGUGCCCUUCCGUGCCGUGGUGGGGCUGAUCGACCAGCACGCCUUCACUGCCUCCGCCUACCCCCUCAUCCUGUGCCUGGUGGUGCGCUGCUCGGCCCCCCAGCAGCGCCUCGCUGCCCAGUGCCUGCGCAAGACCCUCGGGGAGAAGCUGUACCUGGAGCCCCCCAACCCCGUGGCCUCGUACCUGCCCUCCCCGGAGGAGCUCAAGGGCCGCAUCCUCAUCAAGGGCAAGAAGCUGCCGCCCACCUGCGAGGACAGCGAGGGGGAGGUGUCGGACGAGGAGGAAGGCUGGGAGCUGGCGCGGAGAUUGGGCCAGGAGGACCGGGAGGCACCGGAGGGAGGCGGCCUGAGGCGGCUGCGCCUCAGCCGUGAGCUCUCGGAGCUGGUGAGCCUCUGCCAGGCUGUGCCCUUCCAGGACUUUGAGAGCUCCAGGCGUGGGCAGCGCUACUGGGAGAUGUGCUCCUUCAGCGAGGUGGAGGCGGGACGCUUCGCCAACGAGUGUCCGGCCGAGCUGGUCAGCUACAACAAGCGCUUCCUGUCCCGCGUCUACCCCAGCCCCAUGCGCAUCGACGCCAGCAACAUGAACCCCCAGGACUUCUGGAAGUGCGGAUGCCAGAUGGUGGCCAUGAACUACCAGACGCCAGGGCUCAUGAUGGACCUGAAUGCGGGCUGGUUCCGGCAGAACGGCGCCUGUGGCUACGUCCUCCGCCCGGCCAUCAUGCGGGAGGAGGUCUCCUACUUCAGUGCCAAUGCCAAGGACUCCCUGCCUGGCGUGCCUGCCCAGCUCCUACACCUCAAGGUCAUCAGCGGGCAGAACCUCCCCAAGCCCAAGGGCUCGGGGGCCAAGGGGGAGGUGGUGGAGCCCUACGUGUGUGCUGAAAUCCACGGCAUCCCGGCCGACUGCGCCGAGCACCGCACCAAGACCGCCCUGCAGAGCGGGGACAACCCCAUCUUCGACGAGAGUCUGGAGUUCCAGAUCAACCUGCCCGAGCUGGCCGUGCUGCGCUUCGUCGUGCUGGAUGACGACUACAUCGGGGACGAGUUCAUUGCCCAGUACACCAUCCCCUUCGAGUGCCUGCAGCCCGGCUACCGCCACGUCCCCCUGCAGUCGCUGGCCGGGGAGCCCCUGCCCCACGCCACCCUCUUUGUGCACGUGGCCAUCACCGACCGCCGUGGCGGGGGCAAGGGGCACCGCCGGGGGCUGGCGGGGCGCCGGGGCCGCCGGGUGAGGGAGUACACCUCCACCAAGGCCACUGGCAUCAAAGCCAUCGAUGAAGUCUUCAGGACGGCCACCCAGCCACUGCGGGAGGCCACGGACCUGCGGGAGAAUGUGCAGAAUGCGUUGGUGUCCUUCAAGGAGCUGUGUGGGCUGACACCCGCUGCCAACAUGAAGCAGUGCAUCCUGACGGUGUCCACGUGGCUGCUGCACAGUGACAGCGCACCCAGUGUCACCCUCAACCUGGCAGAGCAGUACCCACCCAUGGAGGCCCAGGGCCCCAUCCCCGACCUGCUGCGCAAGGUCCUCACCGCCUACGAGACUAUGAUCCAGACCAGCAGGACCCUGAUCGAGUCUGCCGACGCCGUGUACGGGAAGCUCAUCCAGGCACAGCAGGCAGGGAUGGAUUUCCACAAGGAGCUGCACCGCAUCGAGACCAAGGAAGGGCUGCGGGGCCGCAAGCUGCAGAAGGCGCUGGAGAGCUUCGCCUGGAACAUCACUGUCCUCAAGGGCCAGGCUGACCUCCUCAAGCACGCCAAGGCGGAGGCUCUGGACAACCUGUGGCAGAUCCACAACGCGGGACAGUCCUGCGGCAUCGGCAGGAACGGAUCAGCCUCGCCCGAGCCCUCCCGGCUGCCAGCCCCGCUGGAGCCGAUCCCUGAGACGGACGGAGGUGGCGACACAGCGUCCUGCUGACCCCGGCCUGGGGCUCGGGGCCCGGACUGAGCAGCCCUGGCCGCAGGGGCAGGAGCAGAGAGCCCCGGCCUGCCUGGGCAGUGUCUGUGAGGCUGGGUGCUCUGCCCUGCUGAGGGGCUUGCAGCAGAAUUCAGUGGAGAGCUUGGGGAGAGAUGUCCCUGCUCCCUCGUGCCCUGCCAAGCUCCCAGAGGACUCAUCUGUCCCCUCCAUCUGAUUCUGGAGCCAGAUCUCUGCCGAGGGGCCAGAGGGUACCCCAGUGCCCGUGUGCAUGUACCCCCAGCCUGCUGUGCCAGAUGCCACUUGGAAAAGCAGCCCCAGCUCUGGGCUCCUGCCCGCCCUCCCCAGGGCUGCAGGUUUGCCCUCCACCAGCCCCGGGGAAAAGCGGGCUGGCAGAAGGAUCCUGGCUGCUCCACAGCAUCCCUGGGGACCCCACCAUGCAGAGGGACUGGGAGGCUCUCUGGUGCAGCAGAUGUAGGGCCAGGCUGUCCCUGAACAGCAGAUGUGGCUGCUGGCAUCAGGGAAAUGUUCGGGUUCAUCUCCAGGGCAAGGGAGUUCAGCACAAGCAAAGGCUGGAGGUGCUCUGGGGUCAGGCUGGGGCUGUGGAGUGUUAUAAAGAGUGCCAGAGCCUCCCUGGUGCCCUGUGGCUCCCUCUGUUCCAGGCACAGCACCACGAUGGGAUGCAGCACAGCACAGAGGGGAUGGAGGGUGGCACUGGCACAGGACCCUGGUGGCACUAUCCCUCUCUGGCACAGGACCCUGGUGGCACUAUCCCUCCCUGGCACUGGUGCAGGACCCUGGUGGCACUAUCCCUCCCUGGCACCAGCCAAGCACAGGGUGACGGCUCCCCACGUCAGUCAGGGAGCUGUGCAGCUGCUGGCACCCCUUUGUUCGGGGUUAAUUAGCAGGUUAAUUAGCCUAAUGGGGCUCUGAGCAGCGGCCAGCGCUGACCUUCAGCCCCUUUGUGCCAGCCCAGCAGCGCGGCCGUGGGCAAUUAUGGCCUCAUUAGUGCCAAGCACCCCUUGCAGUGAGCACCCUCACAAUGGGGAGCUGCAAAUGAGGGGAAAGGCCUGGAUGGUCUCCGGGCUACCACGUCUCCCAGACAGCAGCUGCUCCCGCUGGCCCAGGUAUUUUUGGCAGCCCCAUUGUGCUGGGCCCUAUAAAGUGGCGGUGGCAGUGCGGGGUGCUGUGCUGCUGGCUGCCCGAUGGGACAUGCCCCAGAGCUGCUCGGCCACAUGAAGACCCCAGCAAGGAUGGAGGUGCCCAACACCAAGGUGGGGCUGGGGUGCUGCAGCCCCUGGGGAUGAGAGCUCAGCGAUGGGUGGGAGGUCAAAAUGUUGGGCUGGGGGUGUGGGAGGGCCUGGCUGGUUUCUUGGGAAGCUCCAAGUCUGCAGCAAAUCCCUGGGAAUCCCUGGCUGAUGAGGGGAAUGUUGGGAGCGAGCUGGGCAUGCAAUUCCUGCAGCAUGGGUGCUUUCAGUGCUUGUCCUGUAGCCUGGGCAGCGAGAGGAGGGAGUUUGUGUGCUGGAGCAGGGCAGGGGUGUGGUGAGGCCACCCACAUCUGGCUGGGACACAGGUGAGGAGCAGGGCAGGGGUGCAGUGAGCACACCCACAUCUGGCUGGGACACAGGUGAGGAGCAGGGCAGGGGUGCAGUGAGCACACCCACAUCUGGCUGGGACACAGGUGAGGAGCAGGGCAGGGGUGCAGUGAGCACACCCACAUCUGGCUGGGACACAGGUGAGGAGCAGGGCAGAGAUGCAGUGAGCACACCCACAUCUGGCUGGGACACAGGUGAGGAGCAGGGCAGGGGUGCAGUGAGCACACCCACAUCUGGCUGGGACACAGGUGAGGUGCAGGGCAGGGGUGCAGUGAGCACACCCACAUCUGGCUGGGACACAGGUGAGGAGCAGGGCAGUGAAGAGUGAGGCUUCAGGUCUGGGGCUGAGCCAAGAGGGGCAGGGGGGAGUUGAACACCACAGAGAGGGGACAGACCUGGGUCGGGCAGUCCCCAUCUCUGCCCUGUCACUGCCCUGCCCUAACGCUGCCCGUUCUCUGGCAGCCCCAGCGAGCUGCCUGCCUCCUGCUGC